AUGCCAUUAUCAAAAAAGCAAAUUGCUCAAAGAAAAAAUUUCAAAAAUCGAUCUAACAAUUCAUCUACAGGUCAAUUUGAAGAAAGCAAAGUAUCAGAUUCUUCUGACUCAGAUUUUAUUUUAUCAGAUGAAAUUUAUUCUUCAGAUUCUACUUCUCUCACAAAAUCACUUACUGAUUAUUUCGAAAAUCCACGCGAGAAAUUCUUUAGAGAAGAUUACCUAGACCCAACAAAAGAUCCAGAACUAACAAACUCCACCAAAAGAGCCAAAGGUGUAAUUCUAAUACUGGCGAGGAAUAGUGAGCUUGAGGGAAUAAAGCCUUCAAUCGAACAACUUGAACGAUAUUGGAACAAUAAAUAUAAUUAUCCAUAU